AUGGAGAGAAACACGCAGCUCAUGCGGGUCAUCCGGGAAAUGCGCUCUGAGAUCAACAAGCUGGAAAGAGAAAAUAGGGCCCUUCGGGUAGAACUGAAAUUCAGCGGACAGAGGGCAGCUAACUGGGAGGAAGGAGCAAGUGGAGAACAUGGACAUGAGGAAGCCAGAAGCCUCACUGGUUCAGGGGAAGAGAGGGUCACUUCUCCAGUGGCCCUGCGUAGGAAUGUCUCAGCCAGCUCGGCUCUGGCAUUGCAGGAACAGAAAGGUAUGAUUGUUAGGCGUUAUUCCAUUUCUUCCUCUGUGCAAUCUUUUUCUGGACACAAACACCACAAAGCUGAGAAGAGACAUCCAAGUAACAGAAUCCUGGAGGUGCAGGGAAUUGUCAAACCACCAGCAGGCUCCUCAGUGAUGCAACUAACCAAUGAAGAAGAAAAAGGAUCUGCAAAAAUUCCAGCCAAUUGCUUCUCCAGCAAUAAUUCUAGCAAAAGGAGAUCUUUUCAAGAGCAUGUUUAUAAGUGCAAGUAG